ACCUCAAUCAUCACAAUGGAAUUACGUCCAUUAGACAUCAAAAUCAUCUCCGCGGAGAACAUCAAGAAUAUCAACACUUUCUCAAAAAUGGAUGUUUAUGCAGAAGUCUCCAUCCCCAGCUACUAUACCAUAGCCGCCCAUAAGCAAAAAACCUUCAUCGACAAGAACAGUGGCACAAACCCCAAGUGGAAUCACUCAAUGAAAUUCACUCUUGAUGAAUCUUCCCUUACAAAACCAAGGCUUUACCUAAUCAUUCGUCUCAAAUCUGAACGCACUUUAGGUGACAGAGAAAUUGGUGAAGUCUCUGUUCCUGUUAAUGACCUGUUUAAUCAGUCCACUUCUGAUGGCACAACUGAGAGGUUCGUUGAGUAUCCAGUUAUAACAGAAAGCGGAAAACCAAAGGGUACUUUAAAAUUCUCUUACAAGUUUGGAGAAAAAUUUACAGCACCUGAGCGAAAAAAAGAUGUAUAUCAUGAGCCUGUCACAGCUUAUCCUGCACCAAUGCAUGGUAAUUCAUAUCCUGGAGUGGCUUAUAAUGAGCAAAAUUCAGGAUACGGAUAUCCUCCAGCUCAUCAAGCUGGGUAUCCACCAGCUGGAUACCCACCGCAAGCUGGUGCACCGGGUUAUGGAUAUCCGCCACAACAACCAGGGUACGGGUAUCCACCCGUACAGCCUGCGUACGGAUAUCCACCAGCGCAACCUCCUAAGAGGAAUAACAAUUUUGGAGGAAUAGGUAUGCUUAACGGUUUGUUGAUCGGUGAUAUGGUUUUGGAUGUUGGAGAGAUAUGCUUAUGGUGAUGGGUACGAGGAUGCUAUGGAUGAGAUGGGUGGUGGCUUUGAUUUUUAGAUUAAUUUUCGAAGUUCGUAAAUUUUCUAUGUUUUUUAAUCUUUUGAGAUAUAAUAAGCUUGGGAACUUCGGUAGAUUUUGGAGAUUUUUUUAUGUUCAGAUCUUGGUAUUGCAGAGUCGCUGAUUACUUCUUGCUUGGAUGUUCUAACUUCAAUAUGCUUUUACUUCCUAAGCCUCCUUGUUUUAUUUUAAUUUAAUUUAAUUCAAUUCUCGUGGAACGAUUUUUCAUACAA